AUGUCCCUCUCUCGUGUCGAAAAUCCGUGUUUUCUGCUGUUUCUUUUUGUGUUCCAAGCCGUAUUUAUCCUGAUACUCUACCGAGGUGGGCCUUCAAAUGUGUUUCGUGGGUUUUUAGGCUCCCAUCAGGUUCUGGAUUACUCAAAAACUCAUGAUGUCUAUACAAACCUCAGCUUGUUCACCCAAGCUCCUAAUGAAGAAACUAUGCCAUACUGCUCAGCGCAGUCACCAAUAUUUGUUGGUCCAUUAACCAUCACCUUCAGGGUGCUCCCUAGUGAAAGAAUGAUCAUCAAAAAAAAUCCCUUUGUUCGGUCUGGUGGCCGCUACAGGCCGCCUCACUGCUUGGCCCGCUACAAAUCAGCCAUCCUUGUAGCCUACAGGAACCAGGAGAAGUACCUUCACCAUCUUCUCUACUAUAUUCAUCCAUUCUUGCAGCGCCAGCAGCUCAGUUACAGUAUCUACUUGAUUCAGCAGGUGGGGAAUGGUACAUUUAACCGAGCAAAGCUGCUUAAUAUCGGUGUCCGGGAAGCCCUGAAGGAUGAGGACUGGGACUGCCUUCUUCUGCAUGAUGUCGACCUAGUACCUGAGAACGAUUAUAACCUGUAUGUUUGCGACGAAUACUAUCCCAAGCACAUGGCCAGUGCCAUGGAUAAGUUUCAGUACACUCUGCCAUAUAAGUCUUUUUUUGGGGGUGUAUCUGCUCUGACUCCAGAACAUUACAUGAAGAUGAAUGGUUUUCCGAACACAUACUGGGGCAGUGGUGGUGAAAACGAUGACAUUGCUACAAGGAUUCGGUUAGCGGGAAUGAAAAUAGUCCGGACAUCACCUCACCUUGGGCGCUACAAAGUGAUGGACUACAAUGAAGAGACAGAAGAGCCCUGGAGAAGGCCUGCUUCCCGACACAACACCAGAAAAACAUGGAAAGAUGAUGGAAUGAAUUCAUUAGAGUUCAAGCUCGUUUCCAGAACGAAGCAUCCCCUUUAUACCAACAUCACUGUGGACAUUGGAUACGUUCCCCCAUUUUCUUAAGAGAGUCAAACCAAAAGCAGUGU